CUCUGCGCAGGCGCUGUGGGACCGCGGAGCUUUCUGGGUAAGCAUGGAUGCUCACGAUCUCUUUCGCCGGCUUGGCGCCGGGGCUAAAUUCGAUGUGAGACGCUUCUCGGCCGACGCAGCCCGAUUCCAGGUAGGAAAAAGGAAAUAUGACUUUGGUUCUUCGGAGGUCCUGCAGGGACUGGACUUUUUUGGAAAUAAGUCUGUCCCAGGUGAGUGUGGAGCGUCAAGAACUCAUCAGGAGCUCCAGGAUGAAGAGAAAAAAGAGAGCCUAAGUGAAGGGAAGAGGGAGCAAAACAAGAAAAAGAGGAAGAAGAUGACUUCAGAAAUUACAUCUCAAGAAGAAGGUUCUACUAUACAGUGGAUAUCAUCUGUGGAAGCAAAGAUUGAAGAUAAAAAACUUAAAAGAGAAAAUAAACUAACUUCAGGAAAGUUGGAGCAGCUCAGAAAAGAAAAGAUAAACUUCUUCCGGAAUAAACACAAAAUUCAUGUCCAAGGAACUGAUCUUCCUGACCCAAUUGCUACAUUUCAGCAACUUGAACAGGAAUAUAAAAUCAAUUCUCAACUGCUUCAGAACAUUCUAGAUGCAGGCUUCCAGAUGCCUACACCAAUCCAAAUGCAAGCCAUUCCAGUUAUGCUGCAUGGUCGAGAACUUCUAGCUUCUGCUCCUACUGGAUCUGGAAAGACUUUGGCUUUUAGCAUUCCCAUUUUAAUGCAGCUGAAACAACCCACAAAUAAAGGCUUCAGAGCCCUGAUUAUAUCACCAACACGAGAACUUGCCAGCCAGAUUCACCGAGAGUUAGUAAAAAUCUCUGAGGGAACAGGAUUCAGGAUACACAUGAUCCACAAAGCAGCAGUGGCAGCCAAAAAGUUUGGACCUAAAUCAUCUAAGAAGUUUGAUAUUCUUGUGACUACUCCAAAUCGACUAAUCUAUUUAUUAAAGCAAGAUCCUCCAGGAAUAGACUUAACAAGUGUUGAAUGGCUGAUAGUAGAUGAAUCAGACAAACUAUUUGAAGAUGGCAAAACUGGGUUCAGAGACCAGCUGGCUUCCAUUUUCCUGGCCUGCACAUCCCACAAGGUCAGAAGAGCGAUGUUCAGUGCAACUUUUGCUUAUGAUGUUGAGCAGUGGUGCAAACUCAACCUGGACAAUGUCAUUACUGUAUCCAUUGGAGCAAGGAAUUCUGCAGUAGAGACUGUAGAACAAGAGCUUCUCUUUGUUGGGUCUGAGACUGGAAAACUUCUGGCCAUGAGAGAACUUGUAAAAAAGGGUUUCAAUCCACCUGUUCUUGUUUUUGUUCAGUCCAUUGAAAGAGCUAAAGAACUUUUUCGUGAGCUUAUAUAUGAAGGUGUUAAUGUGGAUGUUAUUCAUGCAGACAGAACGCAGCAACAGAGAGAUAACACGGUCCACAGCUUCAGAGCGGGAAAAAUCUGGGUUCUUAUUUGCACAGCCUUGCUAGCCAGAGGGAUUGAUUUUAAAGGUGUGAACUUGGUGAUCAACUAUGACUUUCCAACCAGCUCAGUUGAAUAUAUCCACAGGAUAGGUCGAACUGGAAGAGCAGGACAUAAAGGAAAAGCUGUUACAUUUUUCACUGAAGAUGAUAAACCAUUAUUAAGAAGUGUUGCCAAUGUUAUACAGCAGGCCGGAUGUCCUGUGCCAGAAUACAUAAAAGGCUUCCAAAAACUACUAAGCAAACAAAAGAAAAAGAUGAUUAAGAAGCCAUUGGAAAGGGAAAGUAUUAGCACAACUCCAAAAUAUUUCUUAGAAAAAGCUAAGGAUAAACGGAAAAAGGUCACUGGUCAGAACAGCAAGAAGAAGGUAACUCUUGAAGACAAAAGUUAAAAACAGACUUUUUAAAAGACUACGCAGAAAUGUAACUUAAUGGUCCCAGCAUGAAGGUUGUUUUCAUGGAAUACUUCGAGUCUUAUAAUCAUGUGUGUACCAAACAUUUGAAACCCACUUCAGGAACAUGGGAGUGGGGAAAAAUGAUCCUAAACUAUCAGUGUGUCAUGUCAAAUUAUAAUUUGUAGGUGACUUUUAAAAGAUUAUACAAUGGAAAUAACAUUCAUUGACAUUUCUGUGGUUUGAAUCCAGAGAGAUACUUCUUAUAGAAGAACAAAAGCUUAUGCUAAAGAUAACACCCAAAUGUGGGGAACUCUUAAGGAUUUUUCCCUUCAAGUGUGAAGGAAUGUGUGUGUAUGCUGUGGAGAGGCAUCUGGAACCGAAUUUCAAAGCCUUGAGAUUGAAUUUCCCUUCCCACCCCACCCUCCUUUUAUGUUGGAUGGACAAGAAGCCACACAGGCUGUCUUCAAAGAAGAAAACUACUAUGCUCUUUAUUUUACUAUUUCUUAAUUUGCUGAUGGCCUUGUGUGGUAUGAGCCACAAUAAAGAGAUGCCUCUUCUGUGGCUGGUUAUUUCAGAUCCCUAGGCCUCAAGUUCUUUGGUCUGUUAAAUAUCCUUAUACCUCAUUGCUCAAAUAGUUCAUACCUUACCUGUCACAAUGUUGGAAGUACAAGAUUAUGGUGGUUCUCUCCCUUUCUUCAUUUUCCAUCAUUUAACCAUGCCCCUUCCUGUCUCUUUCCAUUCAAGAUGACUUUGCUUGAAAACUGAUAAACGUUUCAUCCUGAUAAGGAAGAAUGUUCCUAUUACUUGAUACCCCUCUAGCUCUAUUCUCUUAGAGCUUAUCUUUCCUGAGGCUUUGUGGCCCUUCAUCCAUUUAGUAAGUAGGUCUCUGCCACAGGUAAAGGAUUAUGAUUAUACACUGAUGGAGACUAUUCACUGUUAGCAGAUUUUUCUCAGUUGCUAGUUUUGUACAGUGAAAUAAAAAAUCGACUUCAUGCAUGUAAGGUACUUAGAGUGGCACCUGACAUGAAUGUUAGUUAUUAUCAGUAUUACAAUACUAUAAUAUAGAUAACCUCUUCUCAGCAGCAUUUGAAUUAAACUUAUUUAUUCUCUUUAUUCUCAACCUUUUAUUCUAGAGUCAGGACAAGUAGACUCCAACUUGAAUAUUUUACAUGGGACAAAAAUUGUUUAUCUUCAGAUUUUAUGUAAAUGGAGACCUAUUGCUACAAGGUGCAAAAAAUGCAAGCGUAUGAUUUUUUUGUUUGUUCUUGCAAACAGAUGCUUAAUUCAAUAUAUAUUCUGGAGGAAGGUGUACUGGUGUCACCCAUUUGCCAGCUGUAUGACUUUGAAUAAGUUCUUUAAUUUCUCAGAGCUUCAGUAUUUUCAUUUAUGAAAUUGGGGAUAAUACCAACCAUGUUUCAAGAUUAGAAGUACCUAACACUGUGCCUGACAUGUCAUAGAUUCACAACAAAUAUUCCUUAAACAAGCAUUGUAUAUUUGGUUAGGAAUACAAGGCUUGACUACACAGCCCUGCCUUUACAAUAAAGGACCAAAUAGUGUGGCAAAUGCUGUGUCAGACAUAAAGCCACAAUGCUGAAGCAUCAUAGGAGGGCAUCUAACCCAGACUGGAGAUGUCAUGGAAGGCUGACAUCCUGAGCUGAGUCUUGCUAGGAAUCAAUAGGCAAAAGAGAACAGAGUAUCCCAGGAAGAAACAGAAACUGUAUGUUCUAUGAUCCUUGAUAUCCUUCCUUCACUUGACUUUAUUUCCUCUUACUUCGUAUUUUCUCCUGUGUAACCACACAUCCUUAAAUAAAACUGGCUACAUAAACCUG